AUGGCUUCCGAGGUGCGCGCAUGGCUUCUCCUCCUCGUCCUCCUAACAUGGGGUGCUAGCUUGGGGCCGGCAGCAGGGGCAGCGCCGGCGCCGCCGCUCAACGUCAAUUAUGUGAAGGACUGGGGGCGCCUGGUCGACCACGGGACUGAGGUUGAUCUCAUCUUGGAUCAGAGCACCGCGGCUCGUGGUGGUGGGUUCAAGUCCAAGUCCACGUACGGGUCAGGGUUCUUCCACUUGAGGAUGAAGCUGCCGUCCGGCUACACGGCCGGCGUCGUCACAACCUUCUAUCUUAUUUCGCAGCCGGAAGACGGCACCCGUGACGAGGUGGACUUCGAGUUCCUGGGCGACAAGGCCGGCGUGCCCAUCACCCUCCAAACCAACUUCUUCGUCAACGGCCACGGCCAGAGGGAGCAGCGGCUGCACCUCUGGUUCGACCCUUCCGCGGACUUCCAUGACUACAAGAUCCUGUGGAACCCCUACCUGCUCGUGAUGUUCGUCGACGAGACGCCGAUCCGGGUGAUGCGCAACCUGAGGAGCACCGUGCCGGGGUACGAGUUCCCAACGAAGCCGAUGCUGAUCCGCGCGAGCAUCUGGGACGGCUCCUCCUGGGCCACGGACGGCGGGCGAACCAAGGUGGACUGGUCCAAGGCACCGUUCACGGCUGGGUACCAGGGGUUCGACGUCAACGGCUGCGCCACCGGCAGCGGGACGCCGUGCGACUCGCCGGGCCUGUGGUGGAACGGCGCCGGCUACCGGGACCUCACCGCGCAGCAGCGGGCGGCCUACGAGGGCGUCAAGAAGAAGUACAUGAUCUCCGACUACUGCGCCAACAAGAAAAGCCGCAAGAUCGAGUGCAGCUAUGCUUGA